UUGUGACAGUAAACCCUCCAGCCUCGACCACAGCAGCCACCACAACAGAGAGAGGACGUCAUGUCACACUGGUUGAAGAGUUGUGGAGCACACCUGCUCAGCAGGUAAACAAUCUGCACAUCUUCAUCGGAAACACAGUGAAACUCUUCAUUGUCUUCCUCAUAUCUGCACUGCUGCUGAUAGCUGCUUACAGAGUGUGGAGGACCAAUCAAAGCACAGCGACUGACAGGAGGCAGAACCAAUUUGACAUUCAAAGGUUGUUUCUAGAAGCUUUCAGCAUUUUGAUAAGUCCAGUUUUCACUAACCACCGCUAAGGAAACACCCAGUACAUAGACGGCACGCUGGGAACAUGAAACAGUUUGAGCUGCUGUAGGUCAUUUUUUAAGUGUAGUGGAGCUGAAGACGCAGAAGAGGAAACAUUCAAUACUUCUGAGGUCUGAUGUGUGACUCCCACCCACAUUCUGACCUCAGUGUGAAGUGUUCACAUUUCUGUACAGUUGAGUCUCAAACUGACUGAUAAAACAGGAAAUGUUCAUGUGUCAGUUUGAUGUUGAUCAUGAAGACUGUGAGCAGGUUGCUGAUCGUUCUCCUCACAGUCAUUGAACGCAGCAGCAGCAGCAUGAAGGUUGUUGGUCGAGCAGGUGAGAACAUCACUCUGCCGUGUAAAUGUGACAUCAAGAAACACGGAGCGUUGUCAGUUUGCUGGGGUCGAGGUUCAAUACCAAGGUUUGGCUGCAACAACCAGAUCAUCUCCACAGACGGACAUAAAGUGAUAGAAUCAACCAGAGUUUCCAGCAGGUAUCAGUUACUGGGACGACUGGAGGAUGGAGAUGUUUCUCUGACGAUCCUGAAAACCACAGAAGAAGAUGCUGGACGGUACGGAUGCUUGGUGCACAUACCUGGGUGGAACAAUGAUGAAAAACAUCACAUUGAUCUGAUCAUUGAGAAAGUAAACCCUCCAGUCUCGACCACAGCAGCCACCACAACACAGAGAGGACGUCAUGUCACACUGGUUGAAGAGUUGUGGAGCACACCCGCUCAGCAGGUAAACAAUCUGCACAUCUUCAUCGGAAACACAGUGAGACUCUUCUUCAUCAUCAUCGUACCUGCACUGCUGCUGAUAGCUGCUUACAGAGUGUGGAGGACCAAUCAGAGCACAGCGACUGACAGGAGGCAGAACCAAUCAGAAGAGAGGGACAGCUCUGUGUAGAAACCUUACUGCUGUUGAAUAAUGUUUAGUAAAGGUUUGAUGCCCUGAAACAACAACUGAAAGAAUUCAUUCUACAAUCUCAAAGCUAACUCUCACAUUUAUAUUUAUCAAACUCAACGUGGAAAUAAAAUUCAUAUUUUCAAACAUUUAGUUCAUUUAAAUUCCUCAAACUCACUUUUAAAAGAUGGCCGACACAUAACAACGUUUUCCUUUUAUAUUAUUGCAUCACUUUUAUAUUUCCUUUUUAUAUGAUCAUUUUAUGGUGUUUUAUUUCAUUGUAUUGUCAUAACUCUGCUUCUAUUUAGUGCUUUUAUCUUUUUUAUAUUCAAGCUUUGUUGUUUUACUGAUAUUUUAUCUGCUUCACACCAGCUUCUUAUUUGUUUAUAUAUAUGAAAUUAUUUCUUUUACUUUGCACUUGCUUGAACUUGAUCUGUUUUAAUGUCUGGGCUCAGUGUGGUGGAGCCUAAUGUUUUGUUUUGUUUUAUUAUUAUUAUUAUUAUUAUUAUCAGAAAUUGGUGAAAGACUCCAGUGUCGAUGGACUUUAUGAAAAAUAAAAUAUCAUAUUUCACAUUAAUGUUUUCACAAAGGAAAUAUUAUUAAAUACGUGUUGAAUGACUCUUCUGUCAUGUUGGAUCAUUUAUU